AAGGGGAGCUCCUUUCCAUUUUAGCAUUUUCGCUCCUGUAGCGUCUAAAUGUUAUAAUAUUUCCAAGUUCACGGUCAAGGACAAACACAUCUAACCAAGUAGUCAAUCCACUUGUCUCCAGUACUAAACGUAAACCUUACGUAUUCGACUUGAGGUUGAAGAUUGGUCAAUAUGUGUGACAGGCACUCCUAAAAGUUGUUUGUUCGAGUUUUGAGAGACUUGUCCGAAAUUUGGUCUGACCGGUCGGUGUGACUUGUGUUACAAUAUUUAAGCGGAAAUAAAUCCCAAAAUAAAAUGUAACAUCUGUUUCCAACAGCACUUUUGCUGACCGGGAUAUAUUUAGACCGGAUUACCUUUUUGUGUUUUGUUAAUACCCCGGUCAGUAUGAGUGAACAAACUAAACUCUUAGUGCUGCUGUUUAGUUAAAAAAAUCGUUUUUAUACCAGUUUUUAGGUUAGGUUAGACUUUAAAACAAUGAGUAGAUCAAUGGUGGAUGUGCUUGUAUUAUGUUUAGUUAUUUUAAUUUUGGAUAUAAAUUAUGGCUUUGCAAAGCCAUCUCAUCACACAUGCGUGAUUGGUGCCGGAUACGGCGGUCUCGCGUCUGCGCGCUACCUAAACCAAUAUGGCGUCCCAUUCUCUGUACUAGAAGCCCAGAGGUCUUUGGGCGGGAAUUGGAGGUUCCAGACUGAUUUGGAAGAAGAUGGUCUGCCGCCGUUCACUGGAGUUUAUAAGCAGCUGAGAAUCAACGUCCCCAGGCAGACCAUGGAGUUUGCCAACUGGCCCUUCCCCGAUACCACACCGUCGUUCCCAACUGGUUCCUGCUUCUAUAAGUACCUGCGGAACUUCACUAAAGCUUUCGACUUAGAGAAAUAUAUACAGUUCCGCUCUUUAGUGACGUCAGUGAAAUGGGCAGAUACCCAAUGGGAGAUAUCAUACAUGAAGACAGACUCGAAGGAGAAGUUCAAAAUAUCUUGUGACUUCUUGAUAGUUGCUACUGGACGUUGGAGUCUACCGAACAUACCUCGAUUUGAGGGUCAGGGUGAAUUUGAAGGCAAAAUAAUCCACAUACAGAAGUACAAAGACCCUGAACCGUUCAGAAACUCUAGGAUACUUGUGAUUGGCGCUGGUCCUUCAGGGCUUGACAUGGCUAUGCAUCUGACCAAUCAGAGCGCACGGCUCAUCCACAGCCACCAUAAGAAGUAUAACCAGCCAUUCUUCGGGGACAAUUAUGUGAGGAAGCCCAAUGUUAAACGGUUUACAAAGAAUGGAGUCGUGUUUGUGGAUGACAGCUUUGAGGAAGUCGAUGUUGUGAUACUAUGCACAGGAUACGAUUUUGGCCUCACUUUUCUAGACGAAAGCUGUGGCCUAACUGUGUCAAGAAAAUUCGUGCUACCCGUCUACCAACACAUGGUGAACAUUCGGAGACCUACUAUGGUUUUGCUAAGUCUACCUACGCUGAUAAUCCCUAAAGUUCUCGACACACAGGCAAACUACGCAGCAUCAUUAGCAGCAGGUAAAUUUGAGCUACCAUCGCAAGAUGACAUGAUGGCUUCCUGGCUUCAGCAGUUCGGGAGUAGGAAAGUCGUCGAUGUCAACUUAUUGACUGAUCAAAUGGACCAGUAUUUUGCAAAUCUCUCAGCCGAAGCAGGCACUCCCCGCGUACCGCCAGUCAUAACAAACAUGAGGGAUUUUAACGCAGUAAACCGGCUGGAAGAUCUCCUCAACUACAGAGACUACAACUAUAAAGUACUCGAUGACCAUCAUUUUGAGAGAUUUUACAAUCCGCGUGAGGAAAUUUGUGACAUAGACUCCUGAGUACUGGAAGCAUUGGUUUUG